AACCAAAAUUAUUUCAGUAUACAAAACCGAUUAAAAUUAUUUCUGAAGUUACAAAAUUAUUCGAGUAGUCAAAUGUUUGGUAUCUGGAGAUUUUUAACUAAGAGCAAAUGUCCACUGGACCGCUCUGACGAACAAUGACGAAUAGAAAUGUCCGCUUCGUUAAAAAUUACUAGGUGUGCAAAUUUCAAAGUGACAGACAAGCUCUCAUAAAAUGUCUGUUAUGCCAAAUGAAUUUACCUAAUUUUACAAUACUUUUUUUCCUAAUGUGUUCGGCCAGAUUUUCAGCUUCGAUAUUGCAUGGUGUUAAAAAGAAGCAUUGUACCCUAAAUGGGAAGUAUACGUCAAAUAUUGACCAAUAUCAUCUGGUAGUUCCACAUAGACUUAAUUAUAAUGCAGAAUUUGAGUCUUUCAAACUACCCCAGACUUUUAAGCACAAUAAUAACCGAGAAAGAAGGAAAAAGCGUAGCUCAGAUGACCCGGAAAUGGUUCAUUAUGGUAUUCAUCACAAUGGAAAAGACUACCACGUAGAACUAUGGCCAAACCACGACUUUAUCUCACCUUAUUUAGUUAUCGAAAAGAGAAAACCAAGGGAACAGGUAAAAGACAAACAAUUUAGGUUGUUAGACGAAAAUAAGAUUUGCCAUUAUACGGGCAAAGUAAGAGGGCAAGAAGGGUCCAGAGCUGCACUGUCAACUUGCGAUGGAUUGGCAGGAUAUAUAAUAAUUGAUAAUGUAAAAUACUACAUUGAGCCAGUUGAGAAUCACCAAGCGAAUGAACAAGGGCACCAUUUACACAUGGUGUAUCAGACACAUCAACGCGUGGAUAGGUCAGCGAAUACUGUUAGAUGUGGCACUGAUGAAGAUUGGGAAACAGCUUGGAAGAAGAGGUUUAGGGAAAAACUUCUACACGAGGGACAUCUAGCAAAGCGAGGUACUCCUAUAGUCGUGAGGAGGGAGGUGAUUUAGCUACUAAACGUACUCGUGUAUUUUCGAACUUACACUGUUUCUCUCUUCAGAGAAACCUAGGCCUAGGAGUAACCCGCCAAAGUUCAGCAAGCCUUCACCGGUACAUCGAAACCCUGAUAGUGAUGGACAAGAAAUUUCUGACCCACCAUAAGCACCGCGACGUCGACACUUAUGUGCUGACUAUAAUGAACAUGGUAGCUGAUUUCUACCACGAUGCGAGCAGCGGGAACCAAAUGGACGUGGUGAUCGUUAGGAUGAUGUAUCUGGAGAAAGAGGAAGAAGAGGUCGAUCUUGAGAUAAACACCAAUGCGCCAGAAACGCUGAAGAGCUUCUGCAAGUGGCAACUGGGCGUCAAUCCUAAGGAUAUAGAGAAUCCGCAUCAUCAUGACAUUGCGGUGUUGUUGACUAGACACGACAUUUGCGAUAGCGGUGGCUGCGGUCUUCUGGGCUUGGCAUACGUGGCCACAGCUUGCAAAAAUGACUCGAGUUGCGCCAUCAACGAGGACAGCGGCCUAAUGGUGGGCAUGACGGUGGCCCAUGAGAUGGGCCAUGUGAUGGGCUGCACCCAUGAUAAAGAGGGAAACUCGCCAUGUCCAGCGCAGGAUCCAGAGGAUAAGUCGUACUAUGUCAUGUCGCCCUAUGUGCACAUGGAUACACGCAGGUGGUCAUCAUGUAGUCGAGGUUUCAUGACAGCCCUUUUCGAAAACGAUCUUGGAGAGUGUCUGAAUGACGAACCUACCACUGCAGUGUAUAAAUACAAGAAUGCCCUACCAGGCACUGUAUAUGAUGCAGACGAGCAAUGCAAGAUUCUCUUUCCUGGAUCAAAGGCUUGCACGUUUGCUUCAUCGGAGUUUUGUGCGAUGCUGUCUUGCGAAGUGAAUCCAGACGAAUGCCUCAGCAACCACGAACCACCGGUGGACGGCACCAAGUGCGGUACCAACCAGUGGUGCUUCCACGGAAAAUGCGUGGAGAUUGGGGAACGACCCGAGGCCAUCAACGGCGGUUGGGGAGAAUGGGGGGAGUGGACCGCGUGUAGCAGGACGUGCGGAGGGGGAGUAUCCACUACUACUAGGGAUUGUAAUAAGCCGGUACCACAACACAAUGGAAGAUAUUGUAUAGGAGAAAGAAAACAGUACAAGAUGUGCAAUACGGAACCUUGUCCUGAAGGGUCUCCAUCAUUUAGACAGGUUCAGUGUAAUGAAAAGGAUAAAGAAAAAAAUAAUGGUCAACUGAUAGGAUGGAAGGAGUUUUAUAAAAAGCCAGAACCAUGUGUGCUGUUCUGCUUGAACGAAAAGGCUCGCAUGAUUACGAGGGUGGAAAAUAAAGUCAAAGAUGGUACUCCGUGUAAGCCAGGUACUAAAGACAUAUGCAUCGAAGGAGUUUGCAAACAUGUGGGCUGCGACAAUAAAUUGGAUUCAACAGCGGUUGAAGAUGUUUGCGGAGUUUGCAAUGGUGAUGGAACGCAAUGCAAACUUGUAGAUGAGAUAUAUAGAGAUAAAGGAGGCUCGGGGUAUAAAAAAAUAGCAAUGAUCCCUGCUAAGGCGAAGAUGAUUAGACUGGAAGAGCUGGGAUCAUCGAUAAACACACUAGCUAUCAGUGACAAAACAGAAAAGCAUUGGUAUCUGAACGGAGGAAACAUGGAGGAUGAGGACGGCCAGAAAAAAUUCGGCGCAGACGAAGGCGUUUACGAACACGUGGAACCAGGCAAAGAACUGGUCCUUAUCCACGGGCCGACCAAAGAAGAUCUUAUCUUUCACGUAUGCUUCUACAAAGAUGAAAACGUGGGCUACAGAUACAAAUAUGCCGAAGCGACUACGGAGUUGAACUAUACUCCUCAUUACCAUUGGGAGUUGCUGGAGUUUACGGAUUGUUCAGCGAAAUGCGGGGGUGGUCAGCAGACCUCCAAGUACGAUUGCGUUGAGGACAAGGCGGGAAAAGUCAGCGACAGUUACUGUACAGGCGAAGAAAAACCAGAACCAACGACCAAAAGGUGCAAUGAGCAGGCAUGUGAGAUCAAAUGGAAGGUGGGAAAGUGGGGAGAAUGUCAAGCUUGCAAAGGAAAAUCCGGAGUAAGAGCCAGAGAAGUGGAAUGCGUCCGAGAAUCUUCUAAAGUAGGCGAAGAUGAUAUACUGGUAGAAGAUGACAAGUGUACCGAGCCUAGACCAGCUGCACGCGAGCUCUGUGAUUCUCAUAAGACUUGCAGAAAAAGAAGAGCUGAAGGAGAAAUACCCGAUGCUAUGUUGAGGGGAAUCUGGAAACAGAUACAUCGAAGAUCCCCUGAUGAAACCGUGAGCACGUAUGCUACAAUAUGCUUCCCUAAAACACACCGCACAUCUGCAUCUCAAGGCUCAAACAAUAUCAUUACAACUCAACCAUCAACAGAGAUGUCCCAACCAGCGAAUGUAACUUUACAUGUUGGUGAAAUAGUAGUGGACAAGGUACCAGAUAACCAAGUAAACCUCAUCAAGUUCACUUCAACUCAAGGCUCAAGCGAUAUCAAUACCGAUCAACAAUCAACCGAGAUGUCUCAACGAACAAAUGUAACUUUACAACAUGUUGGUGAAAUGGUAGUGGACAGAGUACCAGAUGACGAAGUGAAGCUCAUCAAGUUCCCCAUGAAGGAGAUUAGACUGAACUUGUCAGACAACGUGUUUGAAAGCAUGGGCGACGAACUAUCUAAUAACUUGGACACUGCCAAUGCUUCUAUAAUUACUGGGGAGAAUGCUAGAAAGGUUAUAAAGGAGUUACAACAGGAUGAAGAAGAGGUAACGGAGAAGGAAGAGCAGAAAAACAAUCAUAAUAGUACUGUGGAAAGUGUAUCUUGGAAAGGAGAAAAUUAAGGAAUCUUUGAUCAAUCAGCUAUCACUGUCAUUAUUUUGGGCGUUUGACUAUAUCAGCUUCUUAUACACCUAGGAAUAUUGUAUAGGUAUAUGAUGUCUUUAUGUGUAAGUUUAAAUAUAAUUGAAAAUCCGUAUACACCGAUAAAUUGUUUCACUUCCUAUAUAAGUAUAUAUAUGCCUCAUACGUGAGCAUCUACGAAGGCAAUGCCUGAAAGUACACUAUCAUAG